UGAACCUCGACUCGUGCGCGAAAUGGAGAGGACACCGUUAGGGUCGUGCAGAGAUUAGUAGGUUGGGCCAGGGAUGACAUGGUCAAGCUGAACAACCGGAGAGGCCAGGGAGGCCACCACGACGUUAGGAAAAACGUGAACGCACCAGAACCUGGGAAGCGGCCACCGCCAGCAACACCACCAGCAGGCGUCCGCAAGUCCGAACCAGCCCCUCACACCGCCGAAAAGGACGGCUUUACGCCGGACCCCGCCUUGGUCUCCGACGGGUUGAGCGUUCUCGAGGCGUGGGAAGGCGUUCGUGACCUCGGGCGCUUGGCGGUUGAGGCCUUGGUCCGGCAGGCGGCGAGCCUCUUCCGCCGAAAGAACGGGGCCCUGCCCCCCGCUCCCCGUAUCGCGGCGUUGAUUCUCCUGGCGAUUUUUAUCUACGAUCGACGACGACGAGGACGAGGACGCCACCAACCGCCGCCGCCGCCGUCCCCGCGAGAGCCCCAGCGCAGCUCCGUGGCGCGGCGAGACUUGGGCGAAAGGGGCGACGGGAACCGAGGGCCGCCCUCCACUGCGGUGGCGUUUGACCUGACGGCCAGCCUGCACUCGCCCUCCCGCUCUCUGUUUUCGAGGCUGCGCCAGGCGGCGGGCACGCCCCCGUUGCGAGCGCCUGGCUCGCCUUGGACGAGGAGGACGUACGAGGUCGUCCCGCAGCCGGACGGCAUUGAUCCGUCGCUGCCGACCCCCUCACAGGCACGAGCCGCCCUGGCGCGGACGGGGCAAGCAAGACGGUCCUUGAUGCCUGGGCUGACGCGGCGGCGUGGCGGUGGGGAGGGCGAGGUUGAGAGAGAGAGAUCGGUGCCGAUGGCGGCAUCGUCGGGACGUGGUGUUGAGCGAGGGACUACGUCGUCUGUGGGGUGGGGGUGGUGGCGGCGGGUACGGGGGUGGACGAGAUGCCGCGAACCACGAAGGGCGGGUGGUGGUAGCGGUGGCCGCCGGUACAUGCUGUGGCUUUUCGCGCUGUGGUUGGUGGCUUCGGUGCUUGAGGAGAGAGAGCGCGACAGAGCGGCGUGGUUGGCAUGGGACGAGGGUUACCGUCGAGGCCAGGCGUCGCGGGCUCUCGAUCCCGCCGCGGAAGCCGAAACGACGGCGUGGCUUAACCAUAUCCUCGCCAGCGCUUGGGGGGGCACGAAGCGGGUGGUGCCGAGAGGAUUUGCCGGCGUCAACGGUAUCGCCGGUGGCCGCGAUGUACACGGCUGUGUCGUCACUGGCAUGCUUGCCGCGGAUGGAAUGAGCUCUUUCGUCGCCGAGCACUUGACGGAGGGAUUCGUUGAAGUGCUGGAAGAGAUGAAGCCCACAAGCGUUGUUGGGGUCGAGCUUCUAGACGUCGAGCUCGGCUCCUCCGCUCCGCAGAUCCUGGGGAUUACGAUGCUCGACCCGACCUCGUCGGCGUCGCCUGGGUGGGGAGACGGUCGAUGCAGCCACGAAGGCGAAUGCUUGUCGUUCAGGGUGGACCUGGAAGUGGCUGCGCCGGACCUCCGUGUGGGCGUGAGAGUGAAGGUUUCCAGCCUGGAGAAGGCUUUGCUGCCGACGGGGACGGUCCGGCUGCUGGAGCUGUUUUUCCGCGGGAGCAUGUCGGUGCGGGCGGAGUUGCGGCCCGAGUUCCCUUUCGUGAAAACGGUACUCAUCGCGUUUGAUGACCCUCCAGACGUCCAGGUAAAGUUGGAACAGUGGGGGCUCGACGCCUUGAGUCUCGGAACCGUGCCUGCUGCUGUGGACGAGUGGGCCCGGAUGGCCUUGCAGCAAGCAAUUUCACCGUACGUCAUGCCCGGGUUCAUCGAAGUUGACGCGGCCAGCGCCAUCUGUCCUGAUUGCCCCGAGGUACCCACAGCAAGGAAAGCGGAGACGCAGCAGGACAAGGCCGGCGGCGUCGACAUCCGUCUGCCUUCUUCCCGCCUGCCGGGCGCGACGGCGGCGACUCUCGCCAAGGGCAGGGAGACCGCCGAUGGGGGGAAGGUCAGCGGGCGAAACAUGCCAGGCAAGGACAGGGGCAACCGUCGGUUCGGCAACAAAACCGGUAAAAACGCCGACGAGCGGAAACCCGGGAAGUUCUCGGUACAGGACAGCGGCCGUUUCCCGACGGUCGCCUCCGCCUUCGAAGGGGACGGCUUGGUUGGGCGUGGGGGACGAGCGGCUGCCAUGGCCAACUUGUACGAGCACAGGGGCGGGAUGGGCAGGGUUGUGCAGUGGUUGAAGGAACGCCUGACGAACUUCGUUGUCGCUUCGAACGAACUUCCGACGGAAAGCGAGGGUCGUCACGUGAUGGAUUGGCAAGGGAUGGAUUGAAGUCAUGUAUUCUCCCCGAUUGUCCGGUUUGGAACUUCACAGCAUUGUUGAGCCGACGGUGAUAUGCAGAGUUGUUGUCGAGUUGGCAUUUGUCUUGCACGACCUCCCUUUUCAGGGGCACGGGACCUUCGCGCGAACUGUCUCCCCUGUCGUUGUCUGUACCGAGUGCGCCGUGUCAAGCGCUCGCCCUUGUGUUUUCUUCGUACGUCAAGGCAGCGCUGCUCGAGAUAUUGUGUCGCCCGUUUGAAACGUUUGGAGCGUUUGUGCGCGAACUUGUCGUUCUUGUCAUUGGCCGUGUUGCGACUUCAAUUUCAUCGGUGCUGCGAUUUAUGUGAGGCCCUCAAUGCGAGAUUUUUGUGUUCGUGCAUUAUAGGUU